CCUACUUAUUAAAGAUCAAUAAGAGAUUACAAGAAAUCUUAAAGAUUUGCAAAAUGGAUUUACCAAAUACAAAACAUAAUCAGAUAAUCUUCUCUUUACAGCAAAGUGACGAUUUGGUGAUUCAUGAUCAUCCUUAUCUGAUUUCCUUUCACCAAGAAGAUCAUACACAUGAUGAACAUCUUUCCAUGGUGGAUGGUAUGUGUAAAACCAGGAAAAGGGCUGGAUGCCGAGCAUCCAGUAAGCCUACUUUAGGUUCUACUUGUGGGGGAGGAGAUGGUGAAGAUGACCAAACACAGAAGAAAAUGGUUCACAGAGAGAUCGAAAGGCAGCGGAGGCAAGAAAUGAGCCAGCUUUAUGCUUCACUUAGAGGUUUACUUCCUAUUGAAUUCGUAAAGGGAAACCGUUCGGUGUCAGAUCAUAUGAACCAAGCAGUGCAUUACAUCAAACAAAAGGAGGAAAGCAUUAAGGAAAUCAGUACGAAGAGAGAUCGACUCAAGAAACCUUUUGACACUAAUGAAAGCUCGAUGAAUCAGUUAUCUAAUACAGUCUCAGUCAAGUUCUGCAAUGGGGGAGUCGAAAUUUUGAUCAACAGUUGCUCAAUAGAAGAAGGGUUUGCCCUUUCACAAGUACUAGAUGCAGUUAUGGAAGAAGGUCUUAACAUAGUAAGCUGUAGCUCUACCAAAGUAAACAAUCGGCUACUUCACUCUAUCCGAUCUGAGGUAAGUGAGAAGGCAUUCAUUGAUCCAUUAAUGUUGCAACAAAGACUAGUGUUGGUAGCCAAUACUCAGUCAAAUUUCAUUUAAGAUCGUUCUACUCAAAAUUUGAAAACUAUGGUAUUUUUAUUUUCUUUUUCCAGCUCUUAGGAGAUGUCACAAAACACAUUUAUUUGACCCUUCGCAUGAUUUAGUUUGUUGUGCAUAACAUCAAAGGCUUAGUUUAUAUGAAUUUUGUGCCGAUAAUGUAAUAUUUGUGUUUUCCUGAAAUUCUUUUGUAAAUGUCUCUUCUUAAUUACGUUCAUCAGUAGAUGUCAUGGGUUGCAAUAGUUGUUCUUGUUAUGGAAGAACAUCAAAUUCCACCCUCACUUUCAUGGAUUAUUCUUACAUGCAAGUGAUAUGAUAUCGAUUUAUAAGAUUAUGAUGUAAGGAAUUAAGAGUAGUUGUCAUCACAAACACUGGGCUAAAUUUCGAGAAAGAUUGUAAUUACAAUUUGGAAACUAAUUAAUCUUAGGUUUACUUUCAUGGAGAUUAAAGAUGUAGAAAAUGCAUAUUUGCAAGUUCUUUAUUAAUUGGUACAAGGAAUUUCCAAUGGCGAGUUUACAUGAAGCUUGUGCUGAUUGACAUCGAUGUGGUCUCUUGUGUUUAAUUUCUUAUAAAUUCUUGUAUAAUACUAUGCGUUAUUACAAUGGAACAUCAAGAUUUUGUAGUGGAUAUUGUUCCAGUUUUGCGUUUUACAUGAGGCAUGAACUAAUUGCAGUUGCAGGUUCGAUUUUCAAUUCCAGAGCAAUAUGGACACAAGGGUUCAUUGUUCUCAGUUUGUCUAUUCGUUAUGUUGAUAAAAUGAUUCAAGUGAGACCACCGACAUGAAAAAUGGCAAUAAAAUGAUCGAAGUGAUUUGUUAAUUAGUCUUUUUCAUGUGCAAUGGGCAUCUAUCGACUCUUUCUAAACAAAUAAUUGUGGGUCGGAAAAGCAACCAUGAUAUGGACUUUUAUUAUGGAGAUGGCUACCUCUCAUGAAAGACAAAACCCUAGAUGUGAUAACUUGUUAUGUAAGUUCUGCGACUAUAUAUGAUGUCUGCAUGCUAACUUAUAUUUUUUCGAUUUUCUAAAUGGUUUUAACUAUACACAAUAUUUUU